UUGAGUUUUACUUGGGGGAGUAAAUUAAUGGUAAUGUUCUUGUGGGAGCGUACUUAAUAUUACUUGAAAUUUGAAACUUUUCAUUAGAUUUUCAAAGAGUGAGUAAUUUCCUGAGGGAAGAUAGCCAAACUUGAUGCAAUACGACGAUUCUCAAACACAACGCAGUAUAUCAUAAAAUCCAUGCAAGAGCAAAGGCCAUAGCUGCGAUCUUAAAAUAUAGCCAGUCUUUGAGCCACUCAUCCUCACGGCGGAAUAGAAAAAGUGCAGGCUUCAUAAAUAGAAGAAAUGGUAACAUGAGGAUGCAACACCAUUUAUCUUUACUUAUUUAUCGCUUAAAUCCUUCAGUUUAUUUCUCAACCAUGUGUAGAUCACAAAGCAAUACACACGCGAAUCACCAUCAAGAAAAAACUCUAUUUCAAUGCAAUGAAGAUAUCUCCCACCAUGCUCAUAAUGGCUCUAACACUGAUGCCCUGAUACUCUUCACCCAACUUCGUGAAUUUGGGUUCAAACCCAAUGCUUCAACUUUUAGCAGUGUUUUAAAGUCCUGUGCGAAGUUGGGUUUUCUUCAAAUGGGGAAACAAAUCCAUUCCGAAGUUAUAAAACUUGGUUUUGAAUCAGAUAUCUACUGCGGAAGUUCACUGGUAGACAUGUACUGUAAAUGCAGAGAAUUCCAUGAUGCAACACAUUUAUUUGAUAAAAUCCCAUAUAGAAACACAGUGACAUGGAAUGCUUUGAUUGUUGGCUUUUCGCAAGCUGAAUUGUAUGAUCAGGCUUUAGAUAUCUAUAUAAAGAUGAGGGAAAUGGGGAUUUGCCCAAGUGCCAUUACUUUAUCAAGUGUUCUUGCUUCUUGUUCAAGGUUAGAUGUAGAAGAAGAUCUCAAGAAGAUCCAUGCCCUGAGUUUUAAACUUGGGUUGCAGAGCCAUGUAGUAGUGGGUACUGCUUUGAUUGAUUCUUACAUGAAAUCUUUGAAAUUUACAGAUGCAAAUAAAGUUUUCAAUAGCAUGCCUGAGAAGAAUGUGUUUACUUGGACAUCGAUGGUUACAGGGUAUUCGCAAAAGAAGCAACCUAUGGAAGUUCUUAAACUGAUUCAAGAGAUGCGUCGAGCCAAUAUAAAAUUGAACCAAGUUACUUAUAAUGGUCUUUUAAGCUCAUUUGUCUCACCAGAAGACCUCGACCACGGAAAACAAGUUCAUUGUCAGGUGAUCAAGGAAGGCUUUGAGCUCGAGCCCCAUGUAUCAGUAGCCCUCAUAACCAUGUAUUCAAAAUGCACCAGUGCCUCAGAUUUCUGCAAAUUGUGCUCAGUAACUCCUUUAUAUGACCAAGUCUCAUAUAAUUCAGUAAUUGCAGGUUUUGCUCAUCUGGGGUACGGUGAAGAAGUUCUUGAGACCUUUGCAAGAAUGAAUCAAUCUUUGAUAAAACCUGAUUUCUACACAUUUGGGAGCCUUCUUCAAGCAAUAGGGACCCUCUCAACUCUUGAACAUGGCAAGCAAACCCAUGCUUUAGUAUUGAAAACUGGUCACUUCUCAAAUCCUUAUGUUCAAAAUGGCCUUAUUUCGAUGUAUUCAAAAUGUGGUUUAUUGGAUGAAGCAAAAUUGGUUUUCUCACUGGCAAGAGAACUAGACAUAGUUUCAUGGAAUUCCCUCCUAGCAGGGCUUUCACAACAUGGUAAAGGAUUAGAGGCGGUUGAGUGGUUUGAGGAAAUGUGGAGAGUGGGAGUGAAACCAGACCACACUAGCUUUCUCUGUGUACUCUCAUCUUGUAGCCAUACUGGGCUGGUUGAGAAAGGGCUUGAAUACUUUGAUUUGAUGAAGAGUGAUAGGGUGGCAUUAGCUCCAAGGGUGGAGCACUACUCUUGUAUUGUUGACCUUCUCGGUCGAGCAGGUUAUCUCAAUGAAGCUGAAGAGCUCAUAAAUAAGAUGCCAAUAAAGCCUGAAGCUUCAAUAUAUAGGGCCUUGCUCAGUGCAUGUAGGGUUCAUGGAAAUAUGGGUAUGGCAGUUAGGGCAGCAGGAUGUCUGUUAGAGCUGUGCCCAAGUGAUGCCUCUGCUUAUGUGCUUUUAUCAAAUGUAUUUGGAGAGAAGGGUUAUUGGGCUGAUAAAGAACAUGUGAGGAUGCUUAUGGGUAGCAACGGUGUGACAAAGGAACCUGGAUAUAGUUGGGUUGGGAUUUGUAAUGAGGCUCAAACAACUCUUGGUAAAGAUUUGGAUGACCCAUUGUCUUUGGAUGCUCAAGAAACAUUAGUAUAAAAUCUAGAAAGGAUUGAUCUUGAGAAAAGAGCAUUGGCUGGGAGCCCAAAUUCAUGGUAUGUUUUGAAUAGAAGUGUUUUAGCUAAGCACUUACUGUUGGCAUGUUUUUGGCAUAUUUUACGGGAACAAAGCAAUGUGACAUGAUGGUUCCCUUAUCUAAGCUUCUGCUUGUAUUUAUGCAUCAUAUGACAUCAAAUGACAAGUUACAGAAUUCCAAGUUGGAUAACCUUAAGAAAACCCUUUCAGACA